UGUUAGCGGUGGACAACAGUGUAGAAGGAAUCUCUAGUCGUAAACGAAAAGCAACGGUGACAGCAGUCCAUAUAACUUUAAAAGUGACAGCGGAGGGAGGUGAAUUUAGUAGCCAGAAUUCCGCAUCCUUCGUCGAGCUGCUUUGGAGCGCCCCACUAGAGGAACUUAUACUGAGAUUUUUCACGCACAUUGUUGCGGUCCGCGUUUGCUGGUGACUGUAAGAAAAAAAGAAAGAAAGAAAAGCAGCAGCAUCAUUCCUUUUGGACUUCGAGGUAAAGUCUGACGUCUUCUCAACUUGAUGCGCGCGCAUUUGUUGUGUGGCGGACUUUUCUGCGACAUGUGAGGAAAGUUUUCGCUUCCUUCCCAUGUAAGCUUAAACUUCAUAGCCUCCAGUUAAACUGAACUUAAAACAAGGAGGUGAAGAAGGAUAUUUGAAGUCUCUGUUACUCAAAGGACGAAUUCUCUGAAACUCAAUGUAAGCUUUAACACGGUGAAGCGAGGAUAAGUCUGGUGGUUUUGAGUUCACGAGUUUCAAGUUUCUGCCACCCUGGCCAGUGAUAUUAACGCGUGAAUCUGACCUGGGAUAAGUUGUCAACAAGAGGCGAACUGGCAGGUGUAUAAGUUCAUUUACAUGCAUGGGCAUAUGUGUAUCUCGCUGCACUAUAAAUAGAAGCUCGUGCUAAUGUAUUAAACCCUGGCCACUCAUCUUCAUCAGUAGGCUAUUCAUUAUAAUCCCACUGAAACCCACGCGUGUCGCUUUGGCUGUUAGGGUAGGUGUCGUCGCAUGGACUGACAUGGCCACCGAUCUCGCCAUGAGCGCAGAUUUGCCCAACAGCCCCCUGGCUAUUGAAUAUGUCAACGACUUCGACCUCAUGAAGUUUGAAGUCAAGAAAGAGCCCCCGGAGGCCGACCGCUAUUGCCACCGCCUGCCCCCGGGCUCGCUAUCCUCCACCCCAAUCAGCACACCCUGCUCCUCGGUGCCUUCCUCGCCCAGUUUCUGUGCCCCCAGUCCCGGAUCGCAGCCUGGGCAGAACCUCGGAAAUGGUGUCAACAAUAACAACGGUGGUAACAACAACAACCAAGUCUCAUCGGGCAAACCGCAGCUGGAAGAUCUCUACUGGAUUCCCAACUACCAGCAUCACAUCAGUCCAGAGGCCCUCAACCUGACGCCCGAGGACGCGGUGGAAGCGCUUAUCGGUAACGCGCACCACCACCACCAUCACCACCAGCCCUACGAGGGAUUUCGCGGUCAGCAAUACGUCGGAGAAGACCUCUCGACGGCCACGAACGGUCACCACCACCCGGUGCACCACCACCACCAUCAUCACCACGGCCACCACGCGCACGCGCGCCUCGAGGACCGCUUCUCAGACGAGCAGCUGGUGAGCAUGACAGUGCGCGAGCUCAAUCGGCAACUGAGAGGCUUCAGCAAAGAAGAGGUGAUCCGUCUCAAGCAGAAACGGCGAACCCUGAAGAACCGCGGCUAUGCGCAGUCGUGCCGCUACAAGCGCGUGCAGCAGCGCCACAUACUCGAGAGCGAAAAGUGCACGCUUCAGAGCCAGGUGGAGCAACUCAAGCAAGACGUGGCGCGUCUGAUCAAAGAGCGGGACCUGUACAAGGAGAAGUACGAAAAGCUCGCGAGCCGAACCUUUAACGGCGGCGGCAACACUCGGGACCCGUCCAAUGGCACUCACGGAAAAACCACUUCCACGGAAUUCUUCAUGUGAGAGUGAUUCUUGUUAAAGACUUUUUUUCCGCACCGACGUUUUCGUUUUUUAAACCUUGAUUUAUAUGUUUUUCAGAGUGAAUUUUAUUUGCAGUUCUUAUUUUAAAUACUCACAAUGUCCACUUAAGAUCAUACACUCUUAAAAAUAAAGGUCUGAUGCCAUAGGAGAACCUUUUUAAGUUUCACAAAUAAAUAUUUGAUUCUCAGGAACUCUAGAGAAACAUCUGUUUGGUGUUUUAAAGAACCCAAAACCCAAUGUGCAAACCGAGAACCCAUAAUGUAACAUCCAGCACUUAUUUUCCAAAGAACUGUCCACUUUUACCGCCAAAAUUAUUAUUGACAAGCAAGUCAAGUCCUUUGCUGAACUUAAAGUGCUAAAAAGAAACUUUAAAGAACCUUUAUUUUUAAGAGUGUAGAGUCUAACAUUACAGCGACAUAUUUAAAGUCUCCGCGCAUUAUUUGUAUACAUAUAGUACUGUACCAUAAAAGUCUUAAAGUUGGUGUAAUGUUAGGACUAUCUUCCACAUAUAGGCCUACUGCACGGACCCUUCUACUUCAUAACACCUCCGAUCUAAAUAUGGGAUCACGCAUAACCUUCAACGACCUAUCAGCUUUGGAUUCUGUUUUUUUUUUAUAGGUUAACUGCAAAGUCCGACGUGUUUUAAAACAUACAGUUGCUUCCUUAUUAUUAUUAUUAUUAUUUUUAAGCGGAUUUACGAGUCUUAAUGGCGACGAGAACAUACUGGAAACGAAACUUCAGCCUGUGAAGGGACUUUGCAAGGAACGAUAAUCAUAUUAAAACAUUUAUUAGCAAGAAAGGUAGAUGGCAAUACAUUCUUGACAUUUCUCAGUCAAGAACUGAGGUUGAUGGGACUUUAUGAACGUUGAGGGCCCUCAAGUCUGCAUUACCCCAUAAUCCUGCAUGCGGGACAUGUAUGGUACUCCAAACGCGCCAGAACCUUUCUCUCUAUCUUCCUCAUACAGCACUUGGAUGAAAAGCAUGGCCCUUAACCACUCUGUUUUCUCUCUCUCUCUCUCUCUUUUAUUCGUUUCUUCUGCUCGACACAAGCCGUGUAUGUGGAGGAACUCACGCGAACCUGCGAAACCACAUGAAAUCCGUCCUUGCAUUUCUUUGCUAUUGUUUAAAAGUUACAGAAUAAGAACAAAGGGGGAAAAACCGACCUGAGCCAGAGUUAUUUAUUCCCACUUGUACAUAUGUAGAGGUCAAAUUGUGUGUUAAUUUAACUUUCUUUUUAAAGUCCUUUUUGCUUGAUUAUUUAAAACGUCUUAAUACUAUGUUUGUAUGUAGUAGCAUGCAAAUAACAGAUAUUCUCAUCCUAUUGAAUACGUACAUUUUCAAAGGAAGUCUACUGCACUACGAUUCGAAGAAUUGGGAUUUAUAUAACAUUUCGCUUCCUCUGUGUUAAUCGAAUUACUGUUAUGGUGGACAUAGUCGAUCUAAAGUGCAUAUAAGGUCUUUAAUUGCUGCUAAUAUUCUAUGCACCAAAUUCAAAAGCAAUUAACAGAAGCUCUGAUUAUGUGAAUUUUGUACUUCAAAAUAAAUGAAGGUAUGUAUAGAAAACUGGUUAGACAUAACUAAGAUCACCUCUUGAAGAAAGAUAUAUAUGUCUUAAUGGACUGGAUGAUGAACGUCAUACUUCAAAUAUAUGACAAGCUUCGUUAGGGCAAGAAUGGUUGUUUUAACUUUUUAUUGUGACAUAAUAAAACUGUAGCAUACUCUGUAUAAAGCAGUUGCCUAUUGUUUUGCAUUAAAACAUUGUCAUGGUAAUAGGCUUCCGACCAUACUGAAUUGCACUACAGAUAGAUGUCAAGAGAUUAAAUGCGGAUAUAAUUCCACAUUAAUAGGGCUUGUGCAAACUUCUCUAUAAAUAAUCAUGCGCAUUUGAGGUUGAAAUACAGCCCAUGUUGUUCAGGCUAAAUGAAGAAGUUGCCAAAGUGGAUUAUCCAAUGCACGUCAAAUGUCAUAAAUCAGUUUUCAGAUUAUUUCCUACCUUUGUAUGCUUAGUUUCCUAACAGAUCUAUCGUCCAGACUUCUAAAAUAAGAUGUCCAGGUAUGUUCCUUUACCUGGGUUAGUAUCUGCUUGAUAUCUCAGCUGAAACAACUGUUAACAUUGACUUUUUUUUUCUUCGGUUAAAUUAUGAAUUAUGAUACAGUUCGUUAUGAAGAAAUCUCUCUGCCUAUUGGUCUAAUUUGAGUCACAGCGGCUUGAGGUUACAUAACCAUAUGUGCUGUCACGUCUGCUGUCUUAUGUAAAAAAAAUAAGUAAAAUGGAAGAAAAAAAACUGUAUACAUUGCCUAUAAUUUCUAGAUAUUUAUCGAAAUGAUAAAUGUCCUUACGUGUCAUUAAAUCCAAACCAAAAUGUUUCGAAAUGGAAUGUUGUUCAAAAUCUUGUUUUCAUAAUGUUUAAUAAAAACUCCUGUCAAAUGCA